AUGAAGAGUUUGAUGAGGGUCGAAUCAAGAAUGGACAUUGAAGAUAUACUGAAGAUGAAGCUCGAGACGAUUGAGGAGGAACCCGAGAUUAGCGACAAAUUAGAUACUGAGGUCCCUCGGUUUUCAAAUCAUGUGAAAAGCAUUUCACACAAGGUCAUCGUGAAGAUGAAUCGCUCCAAGAUCAAGAUGGAGAAGCUUUUCACGAGGCGUGUGAGUUUCAAAGAGCUCGUUUUCUUGUUUGUGACCGGAAUUGCAUCGAGAGGGGGGCUUAACGGGCUCCCCUGGCAUUGA